CAGCUUUCAGUUUUUUCAAUUUCCAUUCGUCUUCUCCGCGUCUCCCUUUCUCUCUCUGGACUGCUCAUUCCUCCAUUACCAGGCAGAAAGAUUCUCUCUCUAGAAUUAGAAUCACCGAUUACUGAAGAAAAGGAGAAAAUAGCAAUCGAUUGAAUUCCGAAGUUCUGGAAUUUGGAUUAUUAUCCUGCUCGAUUGCUGGUUAAGGCGUGAUUAGGAGUGGAAUUAGUAGAGAGAGAGAGCUGAAAUUGGGGUAGGUUUGGAAUACGCAUGAGGAGGUGUUUGGGAAAUAAGCUUCAUCAAUCAUUAAAUUCUAAUUCUUAUUCGAAUCGCUCCAUCGUUUAUUCGUUUCUUGUGUUUUUUCUUCAUUAUUCUCCUCAAUUCGGUGUUUUCCUCUUUUUCAUUAAUGAUUUUAUUCUUCAUUCCAUCUCCUUGUUGUCCCUGUUAUUGUUAAGAUUCUCUAAAUUGAGGUUGUUACUGAGUUUAAAUCGUAAGCUUUCGAAUUGUGAAUUUGAUCGCGGAUCAUCUGUUAUUCAUGGACUCAAGAGACAAGAGGAGUAAUCCCCAAUUGCAAAAAGCUCUUUGCUAUUCGAAUGUGGAGAGAAGGCAUGCAUCAUCACCAUCUGUGAUAGUCAUAGGUGGUGGCUUUGCAGGCAUUGCAGCUGCACGAGCUCUUUAUGAUGCUUCAUUUCAGGUCACUGUGUUGGAAUCUAGGGACAGAAUCGGUGGUCGAGUUCAUACUGAUUACUCAUUUGGUUUUCCAGUUGAUCUUGGUGCAUCCUGGUUACAUGGGGUGUGCAAAGAGAAUCCACUGGCACCUGUUAUAGGGAGACUAGGAUUACCUCUCUAUCGAACAAGUGGUGACAACUCAGUUUUAUAUGACCAUGAUUUGGAGAGCUAUGCGCUUUUUGAUAUGGAUGGAAAUCAAGUUGCACAGGAUUUAGUGUCAAAGGUUGGACAGAUAUUUGAGAGCAUUCUGAAGGAGGCAUGUACUUUCCCUAUUUCUCUUCCAUCCCUAUUUCUCUUCCAUAGCUUUUGGCUAAUUGAAAUCGUUUUUGUUACACAUCAAAAUAUCACCAACAUUCUUUUCUUGUGCGCAUAUUUUUUUGUUGAUUUAUGCUGUCGUCUUGUGCAGACGGACUUAGUCAGGCAAGAUUUUAGGGAAGAUAUGCCAAUAUCUCGUGCAAUCUCUAUUGUUUUCGAAAGGAGGCCAGAUUUAAGGUUGGAGGGGCUUGAUUAUAAGGUAUUGCAAUGGUACCUGUGUAGAAUGGAAGGCUGGUUUGCUGCAGAUGCUGAUACCAUAUCACUUAAAUUCUGGGACCAGGAGGAGUUGCUUCCUGGUGGACAUGGACUUAUGGUCAGGGGUUAUCUUCCGGUUAUAAAUACCCUUGCCAAAGGUCUUGACAUUCGUUUGGGUCAUAGGGUUACAAAAAUUGUAAGACGUUACCAUGGAGUCAAGGUAACUGUGGAAGAUGGGAGAACUUUCGUAGCAGAUGCUGCUAUUGUGGCUGUCCCUCUUGGUGUUCUUAAAUCGAACCGUAUCAAAUUUGAGCCGAGAUUACCAGAGUGGAAGGAGGCAGCUAUCAAUGACCUCGGAAUAGGUAUUGAGAACAAGAUAGUUUUACACUUUGAGAAGGUGUUUUGGCCAAAUGUAGAGUUCUUGGGAGUGGUUGCAGAGUCUUCUUACGAGUGCAGUUACUUUCUUAAUCUACAUAAGGCCACUGGCCAUUCCGUCCUUGUUUAUAUGCCUGCUGGGCAAUUGGCCCGCGACAUUGAGAAAAUGUCAGAUGAGGCUGCUGCUAGUUUUGCUUUCAUGCAGCUGAAGAGAAUCCUUCCCAACGCUUCUGAACCGAUUCAGUACCUUGUUUCUCAUUGGGGCGCAGAUGAAAACACACUGGGCUCCUACAGCUAUGAUAUGGUGGGUAAAUCCCAUGAUCUGUAUGAGAGGCUAAGGAUCCCUGUGGAUAACUUAUUUUUUGCUGGGGAAGCAACUAGUUUCGAGUACCCAGGUUCUGUACAUGGAGCAUACUCAACUGGUCUAAUGGCUGCUGAGGACUGCAGGAUGCGUGUCUUGGAAAGAUAUGGGGAAUUGGAUAUACUCCAUCCAGUGAUGGGGGAGGACCCGCCAAUCUCCGUCCCAUUGUUGAUCUCCCGAAUGUAACAGUUUUUAUUCGGGUUUAGAAACCGUUUACAUGUUCCAACAUGUGAAUUGGCCUGAAAAAUAUGUGCUGCCUGCUUUUUGAGAAAUUAGGGAAUCCAAAAAAAAAAAAAAAAAAAAAACUAGGUUUCCUAAUGAAUGAUAAAAGCGGCAGUUAAUAUUCGUGUGGUCGGUCUUCCUUGUGAGUUUGAAUGAAUAAAGUUGUAUUGUCGGGACAUUGAAAAACAACUUUGGUUGUUAUAUAGCCUAUAGUACUCUGUCAUCUGGUCUAUGGAAACUUAUUCAGACACUAAAAGUUGUAGAGGCUUCCAUCCACUCCACGCUACGGGAACGUUAAAGUUGGAGGCGCUUUGUAGAUGAACUGUCUGGUGUAUUUCUGGAGAAAAGAACCUGGUUAGCUUUGCUUUUCGGAUACUUUUUCGAUGCUUGCAUUUGCUUUGCUGAAGUAGGGUAGUCAGAGCAGUCAUGUCUGAUCCCAUGGCGCAUUUUGUUGCUCAAAUGUGGAUCGAAUGAAAUGCCACAUGCAUUAAUUCCAGCCCAUAUGAAAGUCAUACGUUCAUUUUGUUCA